GUGACCCAGUUUCAGUUCAUGACCUGGCCCACCAACGGCGUCCCCGACGAUCCCAUUCCCCUCCUGGACCUGAGGUACAGAGUUCGACGUUACUAUGGCAGCAGGACCACGCCCAUCCUGGUGAUCUGCGGGACCGGUGCGGCCCGCUCGGCCGUGUACAUCGCGGUGGAC